CAGGGAAGUGCAUAAAAUCCCUCGACGCCUAUAACAGCUCUUGCAACGGCGACACUUGCAAGUAAAGUCCUUCGAGAAGCUUGUUCGGUCGUGUUGUGCAGCUCGCUGAAGAAGCAGGAAACUUCGUCAACACAACAGAGAUUGCCAGCUUUUGGAGAGUUCCGAAGGAGCAUCUCAGUGUUUUUUGAGAGGAUAUUGCCAGAGAUUUAGUUUUCGAUUGCGAAAUUUUAAUGCUGCGUAAAUGUCCUCCAACACAAAUGGUGCUGACCAAGGCUGUAUCAAAAUGAACAGGAGCUGGAUGUGUGUGAGCAGAAAAUGACGGGGGGCAGUGAGAGUGCGGCUGGAGAUAAAGAUGGAGGUACGACGAUCACCACUCAGAUCCCGGUUGGCUGGCAGAGGAAGGUGGAAAAUGGGACUGUGGCUUACAUCAGCCCAAAUGGUACAGUCCUGCGAUCUGUGGACGAGGUGAGGGUGUAUCUGCGGACAGACGGCACGUGUAAGUGUGGACUUGAGUGCCCGCUUGUCCCAAAUAAGGUCUUUAACUUUGACCCUGUUGGGAUGGUUCAAGCUCCUGGUCAUCAGACAGGUAAGGUUGAGGAAGACAUGACUAAACUCUGCAACCAUCGCAGGAAAGUUGACGCCAUGGAAGCACUAUGCCAAAGCAUGCAGCCCUCACAGCUCGCCCGGCCGGCUCAUGCCACAGGUGUUGCAUGCAUAGUGGAUGGCAAGGAGCCAAGAGGAUCUGUUCUGGCGCACGGAGAUAGCGCCCACUGCACUUACCCUCAUCCGAGACGCAACCAUCCCAAAUCCAACAGCAUCAACUUUCCACUGACCUCUCCUCGUUCUGUUCUGCAGAAUGGUUCUGUUUGCCACACCCCUAUCUCACGGCCCCCAGAACAAGCCUCACCCUUAAAGAAGCCCAUUACUCAAACCCCAAUAGGCAGCAAUACGCCCGCUUACGUGAAACAGCAGUGGAACCCUCACUCUCAUCCACCCCGUUCUCAAAACAUCCUCCAAAGAACACUGCACAACUCCUCAUCUCCCAACAACAACCUGCUCCCCAACUCCUUUUCGAUAUGCCCCUCUUCAUCCUCUGCUCUAAUUGGUCGAAUGCAUCUGCCACAUCUACAAGGAGCAAGUGUGAAUUCGCCCCCUCCUCUUUCUGUUUGCUCGUCCCCCUCACGUCGGGAUACCUUCUCACCCCACCAGCGUUCUCGUCAUUCCUCAACCUCUUCUCUUUCUGAUCAGGGAGCACCAGGGUCAGUCUUCAUCCAGGGGGUCAAACCAUCACCUCCCACCAUACCAUGCUCCUCUCCUAAGCUCCCUGUCCCCCCCACCAGCCCUUGCAGUCGUCUAGAGGGCAUCUUGCAGCACUAUAAAGACUGUAAUACCACCAACAUCAGCUCCAACACUAACUCCACCAUCUUUAGCAACCAAAGUAAUCAUCAAAUGUCACAGGCCUCAAUGUCAGCCCACCCUAACCCUGGUGACAAGAGGAACGGGGCAACUGCAAUCCAACUAAACUCUGCUCAAGCCCCAGGCCUGCUUGGGCGUCCGCUAGGACAGAUCCUCAGCCAACAGAAGAGCCAGCAUCAUGUCAGUAGCUCUUUCCCGGCCAGCAGCCUCCUUUCUGCAGCCGCCAAAGCCCAGUUGGCCAACCAGAAAACCCAGAGCCAGCUAAACACAGCAGAUGUGCUGUCCGCACUCCCUCUCACGGGCCUGGAUAAGGAGCAGCAGUCAAAGGUAUUGAUUAGCACUUUAAACAGUAGCCUCCACCCCAACUCUACCAGUGCAAAGUCCCUAACUGCCAUGUUACACCCACACUACCCUUCCCUCUCCCAGAGUCCCCCUGCUGUUACUGAGAAAACAUCACACCGCAAACGGCAGCGCCGCUCGCCCACCGUACUGAGCAUGCUCAAAGAAUCUCAGUUUAGCCGGACCUCUAGUGAUCUGUCCACUCCGCCUCUCCUCAUCUCUCCAACCCUUUCACCUUCCUCUCCUCCAAUCCCUUACUCAGACAACCACCGGCUGCCUGUCACUCCUCCGAAUGCCUCUGUACCAAACACCUCCUACUCGAACAGCGCUCUUAGGCUGCAGGAUUCAGAGGAAGGCAGUAAGCCAGGAUUUGCUAAUUCCCUCCUACUUUCCUCCCCAUCUCCCUCCCAGCCUCUCUCCACCCUGCUUCAGCUUCUCAGCAUGCAGAAUGCGCAAAAUACAGCCCAGCUGUCCAGCAGCUCCGCUGCCAUGCCUGGCAACAGACAUACACACCCACCCUCUUCACCAAGACCCAUUACUCCUCAGACACCCCAAUGCGACAACCAGCCCACGUUACGCUUCCUGCAUCCUCAACCCCAAAGCCCAGUGCCCAUGCCUGAACCUUCUGCCCAGCAGCCCUUUUGUCUGAUGGGUGAUGAGACAACCAUGAACCUCAAAACGACCUCCAGCAACACUAUCCUGAACUUGAGCCAGCCCCACAGGGGCACGCAGCCGGACCUUAGCAGUUCAGUUAUAAGCAUGGUGAACCAGAUGCCCUCAAUCUCCUGCUUGCCCUCUCUCCCAGAGAAAGGUUGUGGACCCAAAACGACAGAGGUUUCUGACCACAACACCUACCAAAUAAACCAACUCCACCAGUCAAACCACAAUCAAGCUGUGGAAAUGAAAGGUCCUGUAGACACUGUAGAUCAGCCAGACUCGGACACAAGAUUGCUGGGUGGCUGUGACUCGGACCACAGCCUCUCUAACCUCACCGCUGACCCUGCUGAUUCCUUGCCGCUGGCAGAGGCCUUCCCCUUCAUGAACCAAGAACAACUCCUCCAGCUUUUAUCAUCCAAUGUCGGACUACCCUCCUUGCUGCCGCCGUUUCUGGGCUCCCUGCCUUUAGGGGUCUGGACAGGCAGCCAGCCCUCUGUGCCAGGUGGCACCCAACCCCAGCAACCGGUACAGCCUGCCAGUGGCAUUCUGAACUCUCCUCUCAAUGUACUGCCCUCCACGAUGGGCACCCAGGGUGAACUUCCUCUCAGCCUUGUCAGUCUGUUAAACCUGCCAGGGGUGGAAGGGGGUGACAAACCUCCUGGGCUUCAGGCCUUCCUCAUGGCUUCUCUGCUGCUCGGGCAGAAUCCUGCUGCCAUGUUGCCGUUACCUCUCAAUCUGGAGAUACCCACGGCCCAGCAACAACUGUUUGCGGAUGGAGUGUCUCUGGAGAAGACCCCUGCUCUUCUGGACUCUGUCUUGAUGGGGCCGGGGCUCUUGGAGGCCCUUCAAACUCUAGCACCCCCCACAGACGGCCAGUCGCUCCUCCUUUCCACCCCCCUUGGCCCUCCCCCACCCGGCUUCCUUUCCCUCAACCCCGCUCUGCUGGCCGCUGCUCUGGCUCAGACCGAACCUCUACCCAACCACACACCAUCCCCCCCGCCUCAUUCUCAGGGGACUCUGUCCAGUCAUGCUCUAGUUUCUACCUCGGUGUCCUGUGCCCCCCUGGUGCCCACCACAGGCCAGGAAGUGUGUGACCCCCUGACUGAGCAGGACAAACACACCCACACACCUCAUUUCCUGCCCCCUCUACUCGCACAUGGAGUUCUUGGUGACCUCGCAGCUCUGGGUAACAUUAACAGUCUUCAUAGUUUACUAGGAGCGGGUUCACUGCUGAUACCCCAGGGCCCCUCUCUGGGUGUCCCACUACCACAGAACCAAACGCCUCUGAACCCACUCACCUGCCUACAGCUCACAAUGGCUCCCACAUUGAUGGGAGAGAAGCAAGUGUCUCUCCACGAGACUCCUCCAUCACAAGAAGAGCUUCCAUCAGCUCAGGUAUCCCAGGAUUCCCUACUCAAUCCAGUCCAGACAUCUGCGCAGCAGCGAGAGGGCUCGAGCGGAACGGGGCUGUUUGACCCCUACAGUUCCUUCAUGGACACGAUCUACACCUCCUUCCUGCAGGUCAGUGAGCGAGCCGAAGGCGGGUCUGACUCCACACCCCUGUCAUACCCAGAACUGCCGUCCAUUCUCCAGCAGGCCAGCGCCCCACCUUCUCUCAGCCCGCGACGUGCGUGUUCGGUCCAUAACCAGGAUCUGUCGCGUCUCGGCAUGGACAUGGCACAGUCUCCAGCCCGCGGAACGCCCAAACUGAGUGAAGACCCCUCCACGCCGCCACCCAGUAAACUAGCAGGGGCUGACGCCCUGUCAGACGCCCCUCUGCAUCCUGUCUUCAUGGAGGAAGCCAAGACGGACGGGUCGGCCAAUGUGUGUGUCUAUAGCAACGGGAUCAGUUUGGGAAUGGAGGGAAGAAGAGAAAACGGUGAUGAUAAUGAGGAGGAGGAUGAUGAUGGACGAAGGCUGCAGGGGUAUUUGAGUCCCAGUGAGAGGGCGAGCAGAGAGCCGGGCGAUGACAUCAGCAGUAGAGAUACUGAGCAAAGCAGGGCUGAAGACAUGCACACAGUAUCCAGAAGAGGGCGCAAGAGAAAACAGUCGCUGCAGAGGGCGCCAGAGCUGCCGGGGGGCAUCGACAGCAUCAUAGAGGAGCCCACCGCUGCAAUGGCACUGUCGAGACCGGCGAGAUCUGCGAGGGGCAAGAGACGACGUGUAAUCCGAUAGCUCCCCUUAAACGAGCCCUCAUCCUACUGUACUUACCACCAACGCCAGCACUGUUGCCAUGGCAACACCACCAGGCCGUGUCAUGCCGUUUGACUGAGCCACACUGUGAAGACUUUCCAUUUUAAUCGUGUCUCUCCAGUUAUCUCACUCCUGCUCAUUCAGUUUUCUUUUUUUUUUUUAUUUGAUUUGUUAAACUGCCGUUAACAUUCUCGUCUUUUGUCUGGUGCUGUGAUCUCUCGAGUACACACUGAGCUUCAUUCAUUAUGUACAAAUAUUGUUGCGUAAAUUGUGGCAUGAAUGUUACAAUUUUAGAAAAGUUAUCGUCGCAUGAUCAUGAAAAUGUAACAAUAUUUAACGUGCGGAAAGCCAUUCUUGCGUAAAUUGUUGCACAAAUGUGGACAUAAAAAAAAAAGAUAUUGCGUAAUGAUAAAAAAAUUGUCGCAUGAACGCAACGAUUUAAAAAUAGUUCUAGUGACCAUUCUUUUGAAAAUCGUCACAUGAAAUUUAACAAUAUAAGAAUAGUUAUCAUUGUCACAUGAAUUUGGCAAUUUAAUAGUUAUCGUUGUCACAUGAAAGUGACAAGAAUAGUUAAAGCUAUUCUUGCGUAAAUUGUUGCACAAAUUUGACCAUUGAAGAAUACUGUUUGUGAAAACCAUUCUUACGAAAAUUCACAUGAACACAAUGAUUUAAGAAUAGCUUUUGCUGUGAUGUGAACGUGACAAUAUAAGAAUGAGUAUUGUCACAUGAAAUCAACUAUUUAUUUCGUAUUACAAUUCUGGCAAAAAUCGUUAAAUAAAGUCGAAUCGUUAAAGUUCAAAUAAUUUCAAAGUGUUCAUUCACCUGAAUUCAAAAAUUGUAUAGAUAUCGUUGUCAUACGAAUUCGAUAAUUUAAUUUGUAUCCUUGGCUCAUGAAUUACACAAUUUAAUAAUUGUCGUUGUUACAUGAAUUCGACAAUUUAAUAAUUAUUGUUGUUACAUGAAUUCCACACAUUUUUAGCAUUGUCGCAUGAAUUAUGAAUUUGACAAUUUAAUAAUUAUUGUUACAAGAAUUUGACAAUGACAUUUUUAACGAUGUCGCAUGAAUUCGUCAAUUUAAUUUUUAUCAUUGUCACGUGAAUUUGACAAUUUAAUCUUUAUUGUUACAUGAAUUCGACAAUUUUAUAGUCAUCGUUGCCACGUGAAUUUGACAAUUUAAUAAUUAUCGUUGUUACAUGAAUUCGACAAUUUUAUAGUGAUUCUUGCCACAUGAAUUCGACAGUUUAAUAAUUAUCAAUGUCAAUUGAAUUUGACAAUUCAAUAAUUAACUUUGGCACAUUAAUUCAACAAUUUAAUAUGAAUUCGACAAUUUAAUUUGUAUCGCUGUCACAUGAAUUCCAGUUAAAUUUUUUGCAUUGUCACAUGAAUUCAACCAUUAUAUUGUUACAUUUGUCACAUUAAUUUGAUAGUUUAAUAAUUAUCAGUUUCACCUGAAUGUGACAGUUUUACUUGUUUUAUGAAUGUGUUACAACAGUAACAGUGAACUUCACGGCUCAUGAAACAGCCAAACUUCAAUUAAAUGUGCACUCCCAUCAGUCUGCAGUAUGGAGAACAAAGUAUAUAAACAUGCAUUUCUCCA